AUGAAGCCAUUAAACAAGCAUCAUUCCCAAAUUCCAUACGAUAUAGUUUCUUUUGGGUUUCAAACUAUAUUGAUAGUUCUCGCUGGUCUUCAAAUUGUCGUAUAUCAAUUCUAUUCGUAUGUAUUUAAAAUUAAUCAGCGACGAGAUAAAGAAACUCUCCUGUUUCCAAUUACUAAUUGUUUUUAUAAAAUUAUCAAGGCGUUGACCCGAUCAUUAAUUUGCUUUAUUGUCUUCUUAACUGUUUUUAACCACACCACUUCUAAAUAUUAUUUUAUUCAACUUCCUGUCUUAUUGAUAACUUGGUUGAGCUUCUCGGUUUUAACUAUUUUCACUCAAGUGUGCAACUUUUUUGUGUCCCUAGUUGCGAUAUAUAAGUUUUGCCUCUACUACUUCCCAUCUACUGAACCUCGAGUUUCGAAAUUUGUGAAGGAUACGAAUAAAAUAAUAUUGCUAUCAACUGUGCUAUUUGUGAUUAAAGAAAUAUCCUAUCCGAUAGUUUAUUUUCUCCAGGUUCCUGACAUUAUUACUAAGUCUCAAAUGCAAUAUUUGUUUGCGAUUACCAUAUUUAUCCCGAUUGGGUUCUUGAUUUCAACAUCACUUUUGUAUAUUCCUAUAAUGAUAAGCGUGAGGAAAAGUUCACAUCUUCCGUCUGCACAACAGUGCUCUCCUGAGAAGUAUAUUUUGGCGCAAACCUUAAUAGUACUGAUUCUGAAGCUGGUUUACUUCGAAGUUCUUUUUGAAUAUUUUCUAAACCCAAACUUUUCAAUCUUUCGAAUCACUGGCUCACCACAAUCGAUCGACAUGGUUUCCACUCCUCUAAUUAUACAAAUGUCGUAUUUAUUCAGUAACAAGAGAAAUGUGAAUGCCCUCUUUUCUUCUUUUAAACUUAACAAGUUUAUGAAAAUAAUGUUUAACGGGCAAACGAAUUCAGUAGCUCCAAAUCUGGUAGUUUAUUCAAUUACAGAAGCGCCACAGAAUUAA